CGAAGCCCUUGAAAUACCAAGGCCACACCUGCAUUCACUUCACCCCCCGAACCCAACUUUCGCCAUCGACAUAUCCGAACCGAAAACCACUCCAGUCAUCGUCGGCCGAACUAUCCCCAUCGAUUCCCCCGUUUCCGAAGCAGCGCAGGCUUUCGCGACAGCUUCGCGAAGCACUAGCUCUGAAGCUAUUCCCCCCGAACGUUAGGGGUCACCACCACGUCGACCCUCCCGCGGAUGGAAGGGAGCGUCGCGUCGUGUGGACGCCAAUAAUGCAGCCAUGUCGGGAACCACUAUUGACGAUGUCGUAAAGCGACUCAGCACACCCGAAAUAGAUGUCCGGCUCAAGUUGGAAGCCGCAACGACAUUGCGUGACAGCUUGGAUCACUACACUAGUGGCCCUAUUUACCCUCCAUUCCUCAAGCGAUUAAUGCCAAUCUUCAUAACCAUUCUCAGAGGACCAUGUACUUUUCAAAGCAACUCACCGGAGCAGAGACUCCGCAACUGCAUCCUCGAAGUUCUCCACCGAUUACCUACCGCGCCUGCGUCCCCCGAACCGUUUGAGCAGUACGCCGAAGAGAUUGUCGACCUCUUAAUGCAACUUGUUCGUACCGAUAACGAGGAGAAUGCGACGCUAUGUGUCAAAAUUACAUCAGAUAUCAUGCGCCACCAGCACAAGGUGCUCCAGGGCAAGGUCCAACUGUUCCUGUCCCUCAUCCAGGAGCUUUUCGAGCAGAUGGAAAAGGUGGUCAGGGAGCAACUCGACAAUGCAUCCUUGACUGCCCCUUCUCAGUCUGGGGGACCUUCAACACCAGGCAGCUCACAAACGAAUUUCCAGUCCCCUAGACCAGGAUCACCGGUGGCUUCAGUGACGGAGCUUGGUGCUGACCCCCAGCAACAAAACCGACCGCUCUUGAAGGGCAUGCAAUCUUUCAAGGUUCUCUCCGAAUGCCCGAUCAUUGUCGUCUCGAUUUUCCAGAUCUACCGAAAUACGGUGCAGCAAAAUGUACGGAAAUUUGUUCCACUCAUCCAGAAUGUCUUGUGCCUGCAAGCAGCGGCGCAACAACAAGCGCACGCCGAUGCUGCUGCGAGAGGGACCAUUCACACUGGGGUGAGCCCCGCGAUCAAGAACCGGGCGGCGUUCGGCGACUUCAUUACGGCGCAAGUUAAAACGAUGAGUUUCCUGGCCUAUCUUCUCCGACAAUACGCAUCGCAGCUCAACGACUUCUUGCCACGAUUGCCAGACAUCGUCCUCAGGCUCCUAAAGGACUGUCCUAGGGAGAAGUCCGGUACCAGGAAAGAGCUGAUUGUCGCAAUUCGGCACAUCAUCAACUACAACUUCCGAAAGAUCUUCAUUCCCAAGAUUGACGAAUUGUUGGAUGAGCGAACACUCACUGGUGAUGGGCUGACUGUCCACGAGACUAUGCGACCGCUGGCUUACAGUAUGCUCGCUGAUCUUAUCCAUCAUGUCCGCGAAUCUUUGAAGCCUGAGCAAAUCCGUAAGACCGUCGAGGUCUACACUCGGAACCUGCAAGACAGCUUCCCCGGGACGAGCUUCCAGACCAUGAGCGCCAAGCUCCUCCUGAACAUGGCUGAGUGUAUUGCCAAAUUGCCUAACAAGGCCGAUGCACGAUACUACCUACUCAUGAUUCUAAACGCGAUCGCCGACAAGUUCGCUUCCAUGAACCGAAAUUACCCCAACGCCGUGAAGCUCUCGAAGCUCUUCCACGAGCAACUUGCAGCCGGGACUACCGAAACAUACCUUGCGGACAAGGAUUACCCACCUGACUGGGACGAGACCGACAUUUUUACUGCUGUUCCGAUCAAAACCACAAAUCCCCGCGACAGGGGCGCAGACCCAGUGGUCGACAACAAAUUUCUCUUCCGAAACCUGAUGACGGGUCUCAAGAACACCUUCUAUCAGCUGAGGACGUGUAAUGUUGGCACCACGGUUGACCUUCAGAAUGCCCCUACGCACUGGCAGGAGGUAUCUUACGGGUUCACUGCCGAGGAGGCCAAGGUCAUCGUUAAGCUGUUCCGAGAGGGAGCCUACGUCUUCAGAUAUUACGAGAUUGAGAAGCCCGCUGCAGAGUCACAGUACAUGUCACCAGUGGAGUACAUGGCGAACUUCUACAUGGUCUCGAGCAGCAAAGAAGAAAAGGACCUACUCGAGAGCUUUGCGACCGUCUUUCAUGCCAUCGACCCAGCCACUUUCCAUGAGGUUUUCCAGCAGGAGAUCCCCCGACUUUACGAAAUGAUCUUUGAGCAUACUGCAUUGUUGCACAUCCCCCAGUUUUUCCUUGCGAGCGAGGCAACUUCGCCUAGCUUUUGCGGGAUGCUGCUCCAAUUCCUCAUGGAGCGGAUAGACCAAGUGGGCUCGGCGGAUGUACACAAGUCCUCGAUCCUGCUGAGACUCUUCAAGUUGGCAUUUAUGGCGGUCACGUUGUUUGCUGGUCAGAACGAGCAGGUCUUGUUGCCACAUGUUGUCAGCAUUGUCACACAAUCCAUCGAGCUGUCAACAAAGGCUGAGGAGCCUAUGAACUACUUCCUCCUGCUGCGCUCACUGUUCCGCAGCAUCGGCGGUGGUAAGUUCGAACAGUUGUACAAGCAGAUUCUCCCCCUUCUCGAGAUGCUCUUGGAUGUUCUGAACAACCUCCUCAUGGCGGCGCGAAAGCCCGCAGAGCGUGACCUGUAUGUAGAGCUCUGCCUCACAGUUCCGGCUCGUCUAAGUCAUCUCUUGCCGCACCUGAGCUUCUUGAUGCGUCCAUUAGUCGUCGCCCUGCGGGCCGGCACGGAUCUCGUUGGACAGGGAUUGCGAACGCUUGAGCUCUGUGUUGAUAACCUCACGGCCGACUACCUCGACCCUAUCAUGGCGCCCGUGAUCGACGAACUGAUGACAGCCCUGUUUGACCAUCUGAAGCCACAUCCCUAUAGCCAUUUCCAUGCUCACACAACAAUGAGAAUCCUUGGCAAGCUUGGCGGCAGGAACCGCAAAUUCAUGACUGGUGCUCUGCCACUCGGCUACAAGGAAUACGCGGACGACCCUUCAAGCUUCGACCUGAGACUGAUCGGUUCAAAGAAAGACCGAGCAUUCCCUGCCGAGAUGGGUAUCGAUUCCGCCAUCCAGAAGUUGAUGGAGGUUCCAAAGUCCGGGAAGAAUAACCAGAACCGGCAGUACGAUGGGCAUUACAAGAAGCAGGCCCUUCACUUGAUCAAGUCGCAAUUGAAGCUGCGAAUCGGAUUCGAUCAGCUGCCUGAAGAUUUCCCCAAACUCCUGCGCCUGCAAGCUCAAGAUUUCCUGGCUCGCAAGCUUGAUAUUAACCUCGCCAGUUUCGAGGUUUCUGAUCGAGAGCGGUCAAUUCCGAAGAAGGACGGAGAGGAUCUGAAUGUGAAACGAUUACUGAAGGCCAUCAUGUUUGCCGAGUCGAUACCCGAGUUCAAAGAGGAAGCGAACACAUUUCUCCACAACAUUUGCAAACACUUUGCAAUCAUUGAAGUCGGCCGUGCUUUGGUUGACCUGAAGAGGACUUUCAGCCCAUUCGAUCCCUUGGCUGGUGAAGGCCCCUUGCAUAUCGACACUCGGAAUCUUUCAGAUGCUAUUGUCGAGUGUCUCUCAUCGGAUCACCCGGAUGUGCGCGAGUCAGCCCAAGGCGCUAUUCGGGAAAUGCACACCUGCAUCGCCACCAUCUUGGGCUCAGAGACCGGUGUCGGGCGACUUCCAUUCUUUGGCCAUCUCAGCAGCACAUUCUGUCAUACCUGUUAUGAAGAAGAAUGGUUCACCAAGACGGGCGGAAGCUUGGGCAUAAACUUCUUGCUUACGGAGCUCGAUCUGGGCGAUGCCUGGGUAGCAUCCAAGCAAACCGAGUUCAUCCGGGCGCUCAUGUACGUCAUCAAGGACAUGCCCCAAGACCUCCCAGAGAAAACAAGGUGUCUAGCUCAGACCAGUCUUGAGGUUCUGCUCAAACGCAUCACAAAGAACAUCAAGAAGGAAGACGCACUGCCGAUCCAGCAACAACAAGGCCAGCCUCAGGUAAAGCAGCCUCGCCUCGCCCAGAUCUGCAUGCAAUUCAACAACGAGCUGUCCCACAUGAACAAGCACGUCCGCGAGACUGCCAAACGAUCUUUGGAACUCAUCGCCAAGGCCGCUGGUUGUGAGGUCUGGGAGCUCAUCGACCCCUACAAGGAUCGGUUCCUGCAGCCCAUCUUCGCCAAGCCCCUGCGUGCUCUGCCAUUUGCAAUUCAGAUCGGAUACAUCAACGCCAUGUCGUACCACAUGAGCAUCAAGAGUGAUUGGGUUACUUUUGAUGAGAAUUUGAACCGGUUGUUGAUGGAGUCUUUGGCCUUGGCUGAUGCCAGUGACGAAUCGCUUGCCAACAAGCCUGCUGAAUUCCGCACCCAUGAGCACAUUGUCAACCUCCGCGUGUCAUGCAUUGGACUACUCAGCACCGCGAUGACUUUCGAGGAAUUCGCCAACACUCCGACAAAGGGCAAGAUUCUGUCGGUCUUCUUCAAGUGCUUGUACACCGAGUCCAAACCCACCAUCACAGCAGCAAACGAUGCAUUGAAGUCAGUCUUGGCAGUGGAUAGGCGACUGCCCAAGGAUCUGCUCCAAGGAGGUCUUCGCCCUGUGCUUCAGAGCCUCUCAGACCCGAAACGUCUCAGCACAGCCGGACUCGAUAAUCUCUCGAGAUUGUUGAAGCUACUUACGAGCUACUUUAAAGUCGAGAUUGGUGCUCGCCUGCUUGACCAGAUUGACUCCAUUGUGGACCCAACCACCAUGGAGCAAAUUUCCUUCACCUUCUUCGACCAACAGCCCCAGAUGAGAGUCAUCACCGCAAUCCUGAACAUCUUCCACUUGCUACCUGCCCCAGCUGAAGCAUUCAAGGAGCGUCUCAUCGAUUGCUUCCUUGGCCUGGAAGACAAGCUUCGCAGAACUCAGCUGAGUCCAUUCCGCCUCCCGAUAUAUAGGUACCUCAACCGAUAUCCCAAGGAGAUUUGGGCACAUCUACUCGGGAAGGUUGAGGACCUCAAGUACGGUCGAUUCUUGGCCCAGGUUCUCUGCCACCCGGACAGUAGUCCUCUGCGAGAUGUUGCUGUCGAGAAUGUGGAGGGCCUGAUCAACCGAUGCAAUGAAGUCAUGGCUCAGAAUAAUGAGGCCAAGUUUGUUGUUAUCAUCAACACGAUCCAUAUUCUUGACUCCCUCACCCAGUUUUCUGAUAGCUGGAUGGACAAGAAGGAGAGCAUUGCUUGGCUCAAGAACAUUGGCAAGAUCCUCGAGAACUCUCUCCGACAGCAUACCCUGCCAGGCUAUCUUCGACUGCCUGCGUACCAGGGUGCUGAACAGGUGAUGGCUGUCCUCGUCAAGUCCCUCGAGAGGUCCCCUAAAGACCUUGACGCUCUCUUUAGCUUGAUCGAGAUGGUCACUGCCGAGGAUCUUCGAAUGAGCCACGUUCUGCUCUCAUACAUUUAUAAUAAGAUUAUCUGCAGCGAUGCUGUGGAUUUCUGGAAGGUCACUCUCCUGCGAUGUUUGGACGCGUAUGCCGGCAAAGUCGUAUCGAACAAGACAAAGCACUUCUUGUUGCACUACAUUGUCAACCCCAUUGUCGCUAUGGAUGUCAUGCGCAACUGGAACAACUCGGACCAGAACAAGACUCCCAGGCUCAUGGAUCGCGCCGUCAUUGACGCUGUGAGCAGUAAGAUCUGGAAGGUUCACCCUGAGAUGACGAUGGAUGACCAGAGCCAACCUGGCAUUGAUCACACUCGGUUCGAGGUGUUGCAACUUUCUGCAAUGCUUGUGAAGUACUACCAUACCACUCUCCAAGAGGCACGAAAGGACAUCAUCAAAUUCGGCUGGACUUUCAUUCGGCUGGAUGAUGUCAUCAACAAGCAUGCUGCCUACGUCGUCAUUGGCUACUUCAUCGCUCACUAUGAAACACCCUCUAAGAUUGUCACACAGGUCUAUCUGUCACUUCUCAAGGCGAACCAAAACGAGGGUCGUGCUUUGGUGACCCAAGCUCUGGAGUUGAUUGCGCCGGUCCUGCCCAAGAGGUGUGGAACUGGCCCGAAUGAACGCAAUGCCCCUUGGGCCGUGGCUCCUCGCCGCAUUCUUGCCGACGAAGGACAGAAUGUUCAGCAGAUGACUAGCAUUUUCCACUUUCUCGUUAAGCAUCCUGAACUGUUCUUCGAAGCUCGAGACAAGUACAUCAUGUUGAUCAUUAGCUCCUUGCGAAAGGUCGCCGCUCCCCAAAAUGCUUCCCACGAGAGUAAGAGGCUCGCUCUUAACAUGAUGUGGCUUAUUUGGACGUGGGAAGAAUGGCGGGUCGAAGGGCGAAAGUCGCCUCACGUCAAGUCUCGGUCGCUCUCUGAAUCUCCCAACACGAAGAAGAGAAAGCUUGAGAGCGACAUCCCAACCUCGUCUCCCCCUGUGCCGAGACAGAUGGAACGAGCCGAGUACCAGAUUCCUCCUGGCUUCCGGCAGAAGAUGAUCAAGUACCUCAUAGAGUUUAUCGCACAACUCAACGAACGAUAUGUCCUGCCCUCCGCCAAACCCCGAGACCAGGCGAUUUCACCUAUCCCUUCUCCCCCCCCUGUUGUGACGGAGCUUUGCAAGAAGGCCAUGGCACUUCUUCACAACCUGGUCCAGCCUCAGUACUGGGGUGACCUGGACCUGGACCUGUUCCCCAACGUGACCGAUGUCAUUUUGGCCAGCGAGAAAACGCAGAACAUUCUCAAUGCUGACCCUACCGACAAGGAGAAGUACGACGAAAAGUUCCUCACCAACAUCAUCAACACUCUUCAAGUUGUGCGAAUUAUUUUGAACUCCAAGUCGGACGACUGGAUCCAGAAGAAUAUGCCCGCAAUCCAGAAGGUGCUUGAAAAGUGCCUCAAGUCGGAGAAUCCUGAGAUUCAGGAUUGUCUACACCUUUCUGAUAAGAAGUACGACGAAAAUCGUGAUCUUCGAUCUAUCAUCAAGCGCGUCCUCGACUCCGUACCAGAUGACACUCCCAUGGAAGACGGCGAUGCUGAAGGUGAAGCUGAGGCGCAAACCUCGGAGAUCGUUGCCUAUCUCUCACAGCUUGCCACGGAGGCCAUGAAUGGGAAUAAUUACGUAUCAGGUGUCAACAUGCUUUGGUCCCUUGGGAACCGCAAGCCGACUGUCAUUGACCAGCACAUUCUGUCGCUCAUGAAAGCUCUUCAGAGCAAGCACGCGCGAGAGCAUGUACAGCACUACAAUGCUGUUGCAAACCAGGCUGCAGGCAUGAACCCGCGAACGCAGGACCCUGCCACCCCGACAGGAGAAAUGUCAGCCUACGACUUGGACAUCCAGACCAAACUCAUGAUCAAGGAAAUUCAGGUUGUGGCAUUGAGGAUGGAAGUCCUAGGCGACAACAGACGGCCUUUCCUCAGUGUCCUCGCAACCUUGGUGGAGAAAUCUAUGCACAUAGAACUGUGCGAAGAAAUCCUCAGCAUGGUUGAAGGUUGGGUGUUCCGUUCUGAAGGAACUUGGCCUACUCUCAAGGAGAAGACCGCAGUUCUCCAUAAGAUGCUGUCAUUUGAGCACCGCCAGGAUUCUACCAUGCUCUCCAAGUUCCUCGACCUGGUCAUCCGAAUCUACGAGGAUCCCAAGAUUACUCGCACGGAGCUAACAGUUCGCAUGGAACAUGCGUUCCUUAUCGGAACUCGGGCGGCUGACGUCGACAUGCGCAACCGCUUCAUGGCCAUUUUCGACAAGAGUUUGUCCAAGUCUGCCAGUGCUCGCCUCUCCUACAUCCUGACUUCACAGAACUGGGAUACUCUGGCCGACUCGUACUGGCUUGCGCAAGCCUCCCAACUGUUGCUCGGCGCAGUGGAGACCAAUGCUACCAUCCAACUUCAUCAGGACGACUUCAAGACGAUGCCACUCUCUCGAUUGUUAACCGUUUUCACGAAAGAAAAAGAGGCCAGGGAACCGUCUAUCAUGACCGACGACAAGUAUGAGGCCUUGAUGGCAACCCAUCGACGAUUCAUGACGGAAGUUGGCGAUGUCAAGGUUCGGGACAUCAUCGACCCUUUGAUGCAGCUUCAGCACAUCGACUCUCAACUGGCCCAUCAGCUUUGGGUGACUCUCUUCCCAAUUUAUUGGUCUGCUACAGCUCGGGAUGAUCGAAUUGAUUUGGAACGUGGAAUGGUUGCACUCCUUACUAAGGACUACCACAGUCGCCAGAUCGAUAAGCGCCCCAACGUCGUCCAGUCCCUUAUUGAGGGCGCUGCGAGGACCUGGCCAGAGUGCAAGCUGCCCCCGCACGUUCUCAAGUUUGAGGCUAAGACCUACGAUGCUUGGUACACUGCAUUGGUUCAGCUUGAGAACGCUGCCAUUAGGCCUGAGGCCGAAUCGGCGACAGUGCGUGAGAGCAACCUCGACGCCCUCGUGGAGUUGUACGCAUCGCUCUCAGAGGAUGACUUGUUCUACGGUACCUGGCGACGUCGUUGUCAAUUCGUGGAAACCAACGCUGCUCUCUCUUACGAGCAAAACGGCAUGUGGGAUAAGGCCCAGAAGCUGUACGAAAAUGCGCAGAUCAAGGCUAGGACCGGCGUCAUUCCAUUUUCGCAAGCUGAAUACAUGCUAUGGGAGGACCACUGGGUGCUAUGCGCGCAGAAGCUCCAGCAAUGGGAGAUUCUCCAAGACUUUGCCAAGCAUGAAAACUUCCAGGAUCUGCUCCUGGAGUGCGCUUGGAGGAACACGGACAUGUGGCAAGAGGAACAGCAUCGCGAGGCUCUCGACAACAUCAUCAAGGGUGUGAUGGAUGCCCCAACCCCUCGACGCGCUUUCUUCCAGGCUUUCAUGUCUCUGCUCAAGUUCCACAAUCAACAAGAGGCUGGAACCGAGUUUGCCCGUGUGUGUGAUGAGGCUAUUCAGUUGUCAAUCAGGAAAUGGCAUCAGCUUCCAACACGAUUGACCAAUGCCCAUAUCCCGUUGCUGCAGAACUUCCAGCAGUUGGUAGAGUUGCAUGACGCCAGUGUGAUUUGCCAGAGUCUCGCCAACACCAAUCAGUCCAACUUGGAUGUCAAGUCUGGUGAGCUGAAGCUUCUCUUGGGUGCCUGGCGUGACCGAUUGCCCAAUGUUUGGGAUGACAUUACGGCUUGGCAGGAUUUGGUCACCUGGAGACAACACAUCUUCAGUCUGAUCAACCAGACCUACCUGCAGUUGCUUCCUCAGCAAGGCCAGCAAGCUGCUGGUGGGGCUUCUUCCUUUGCCUACCGUGGAUACCAUGAGACAGCUUGGAUCAUCAACCGAUUUGCUCACGUGGCCCGCAAGCACAGCCUACCAGAGGUCUGUAUCAGCCAACUGAGCCGAAUCUACACUCUGCCCAACAUUGAGAUCCAGGAGGCCUUCUUGAAGCUACGCGAGCAAGCCAAGUGCCACUACGAGAACCCCGAGGAACUCACUAGUGGUUUGGAUGUUAUCAACAAUACCAACCUCAACUACUUCAGCCCACAGCAGAAGGCCGAAUUCUACACGCUGAAGGGAAUGUUCCUUGAGAAGCUCAAGCAAAAGGACGAAGCCGACUCGGCUUACGGCACUGCCUUGUUCUUCGAUAUCGGCGCAGCCAAGGCAUGGGCCGAGUGGGGUUACUUCAAUGACCGCAAGUUCAAGGAUGAACCCACCGACCUGAAUGCAGCGAGACAGGCACUGACGUCGUACCUCCAAGCCGCGGGAAGUUACAAGAAUGCCAAGACCCGCAAGCUCUUGGCCCGAAUCCUCUGGCUCUUGAGCUUGGAUGAUGCUAAGGGCAGCAUCGCAGCGGGCUUCGAUGAUUUCAAGGGUGAGACGCCAGUGUGGUACUGGAUCACAUUCAUUCCUCAGCUUCUUACUGGCCUCGGCCACAAGGAAGCUCCUCGGGUGUACCAGAUCCUCUUGAAGAUUGCAAAGUCGUAUCCCCAGGCCCUGUACUUCCAGCUCCGCACCAACCGUGAGGAUAUGCUCGUCAUCAAGAAGAACCAAGAGGCCAAGGAGAGGGCGCGACAACGUGCGCAGUCGACUACAUCCAGUGGAAAGCCGAGCGCUUCUCCUUCUUUGACCAAGCAGGAGGCUCCCAAGCCCGAGUCUCGACCAGGCACUGCCAACGCAGAGAGUGCCCAAAUCAAGACCGAAGGCAACGACGGCGCCGCUGCAACAGCCGUGGCUAAUGGCCAGGACCCGACAAAGCCACAGCAGCCUCAGAAGAAGCCCCCGUGGGAGCUUACUGAAGAGAUCAUGUCGGUGCUCAAGACGGCGUUCCCUCUCCUGGCUCUAUCGAUGGAGACUAUGGUUGAUCAAAUCCAGAAGCAUUUUAAGUGUCCUCCUGAUGAAGAUGCUUACCGACUCAUCGUUGCUCUCUUGAACGAUGCGCUUGCAUACGUCAGCCGCACGCCUGCCUCAUUUGCGAAGAACGUGAAGCUGCCGGCUGCUACCGAAACUAAUAUUACCCGGUUCGCUGAGACGAUACUUCCGAAUCACAUUAAGAAGUCUUUCGAGGCCGACUUUGUCGACGUUAAGCCAACCAUGUACGAGUAUAUUCACAAGUUGCGACGCUGGCGGAACAAGUUUGAGGAGAAGUUGGAUCGACGUGUUACUCGCACUUCCCUCGAGAAUUUCUCUCCCCACCUGAGCGAGUUCCGGUACCAGAAGUUUGACGAGGUUGAGAUCCCCGGCCAGUACCUGCAACACAAGGAUAAGAACCAGGACUUCAUCCGAAUUGAGCGCUUCCUGCCUAAUGUCGAUCUCAUCCGAUCCAUCAGUGCCUCUUACCGCAGACUCAAAAUGCGUGGCCACGACGGAAGCGUUCACUCUUGGGCGGUCCAACACCCGGCAGCUCGACACUGUCGACGAGAAGAGCGCAUUCUGCAGCUUUUCCGACAGCUCAACCAGACGCUCGGCCGCAAGAAGGAGAGCCGACGCCGUGACCUCCAGUUUACGCUGCCGUUGAUGGUCCCCUUGGCGCCACACAUAAGAAUUGUGCAAGAGGACACUUCCUACAUUACCUUGCAGGGCGUAUAUGAAGAUCACUGCCGACGCAUGGGCAUGUCAAAGGACGACCCAGUCCUGUUCACAAUGGAGAAGCUGCGCGGUGCGCUCGAGAGCAAGAGCUCGAACAAGCCUGAGCAGACUGCCACAGCCCGGUUGGAGGUCUUCAACGCGAUCCAAGAGAAAUGGGUUCCCUCGACACUGGCUUUGGAGUACUUCCAGAAGGUGUUCCCACAGUUCUCAGAGUUCUGGCUCUUCCGACGCCAGUUCUCAUACCAGCUGUCAGCGUUGACAUUCAUGACGUAUAUUCUUUACAUGCACAACCGCUACCCGCAGAAGAUCAACAUUGCUCGUGGGUCGGGUAAUAUCUGGGGAUCGGAGUUGAUGUCGUAUAUGAGCGCAUCGAAGCCCUUCUUCCACAACCCAGAGCCGGUGCCGUUCCGUUUGACGCCCAACUUGCAGACGCUCAUGGGACCACUGGCAACGGAAGGUAUCUUUGCGUGCUCCUUGAUGGCAAUUGCACGAUGCUUGACGGAGCCAGAGCACGAGCUAGAGCACGCCCUGACACUGUUUGUGCGUGAUGAGAUGAUCUUCUGGUUCACCAGCAGCCACCGUGUUGGAAUGUCGGAGAGCCAGCUCCGGGAGUCUGUUCAAGUCAACAGCGACUCAAUUGUCAAGCGGGCAAUUAGCCUGGCCCACAGCCCCGUUGGAAACCUACCAGCGAACCAGACUGUCAUCGACUCGAUUGCUAAGGCGGUGAACCCAAUGAACCUGGCGCAGUGUGACGCCUUGUGGAUGCCUUACCUGUAAGACGAGGGAGGCCAGGGUGUAGGCAAGGAAUAUGAUGUGUGGCGGAGAGAGGCUAGGAGAGAUUUGUGAGGCGGUAGUUAUUGGACUUUGAGCAAGGCGUUAUGGUAUCAAGGCAGAUGUAUGAUAUGGCGGAUACGUGGCGGGAAGGAUGACAACAGUUUGCAUGCGAGAGGACCAGCUGGGAUUGGUUGACUGGACGAUGCAGCAUUUAUUAUUGCACUGUAAUUAAUACCAAAGGCUCCAAGAUGUUUCUUUUUUAUGAAGUGUUCGUGUUGGCUGUUGGAUAUU